AUGGUGGACCACCUUGCCUACACAGAGAUCAACACUCAGCGAAUAGGGGCUGUAGAGGCAUGUUUUGGUUCAGCUGGCCAACCUCUUGCCCUCCCAGGAAGAGUCCUUGUGGGUGAAGGAAUACUGACUAAAGAAUGCCGGAAAAAACCCAAGCCAAGGAUCUUCUUCCUCUUUAACGACAUUCUGGUGUACGGAACCAUCGUCAUAAACAAAGUCAAGUACAGCUGCCAACACAUAAUCCCUCUAGAAGAUGUGACCACCGAGUUACUUCCUGACAACGAAGAUAUGAGGAACCGGUGGAUGCUAAAAACAUCUAAAAAGUCUUUUGUGGUUUGCGCAGCCUCCUUCACUGAAAGACAAGAGUGGAUCAGCCACAUCAAAGAGUGUUCCAGCCGGUUGAUGGAGAAGACUGGGAGACGACCAUCCUUAAAGCAUGCAGCUCCGUGGAUACCAGACAGAGCCACUGACAUCUGUAUGCGUUGUACUCACACCAAGUUCACCACUAUAACUCGUAGGCAUCACUGUCGCAAUUGUGGCUUUGUUGUUUGUCAGGAUUGCUCAAGAAAUAGGUUUGUCAUACCAGAGUUGUCCUCCAAGCCUUUAAGAGUUUGUAACCUCUGCCACAGAAAACUAAUGUCUGAAAAGUUGGCUGAAGAAGAAGAACAAAAAAGAAGGGCACUUGAGUUGGACCGAGAGAUCCCUGAGUUUGAUCCUUCGAGUGAAGAUGACAGUGAGAACGAUGAAGAAAAGACCAGUGACUUUCUUUCAAAUGAGGACUUUUACUCUUCAUCGUGGUCGGCCUUUCAUGCCUGA